CCCAAAACACAUAGUACUUGAUAGUAUUUUUUACUUGGGUACUUUACACCACGGCUAUUAAUGUUUGAUGACCCAGCACAAUGACAGCCAUGAAAACAGUUAAAACCUAAAAGUCAACAACAGAGAAAUCAGCGGCAGCGCCAGUGAAGAGUCUGGCUACCCAAACUCCUUGUUUCAGCCAGACAAAUUCAAGAGUUCAUGUCAACGCAGUUCCUCAUACUGUAGCUACUGCAAAAAUCGACAAGAGACUAGAUCAUUUCCGGGAAUGGUUCAUUCUAAUCGCGAGCCCUACCAGGAAAGAAGCCUCAGCUGACAGCGGUGUUCGGGUGCCGCAUAUAUUUCAGAUUGUAGACAGAUGUCAACUAAGAGAAACAACAGAUUUAAACGAGACGUGUUUUACUCUUUGCGACACUUGGGACGCACGCACACCGAACAGUAAAACGGUGAUAUGUGGUAGCAGGCAGCACUAUGCCAUACGUGGACAGGCAGAACCGUGUGUGUGGCUUCCUGGAUAUUGAGGAGAAGGAGGGCAGCAGUCGCUUCCAGAGACGCUACUUCAUACUGGACACACAGGGCAACACACUGCAGUGGUACAUGGACAACCCCCAGAACCUGCCUAGUGGAGCGAACGCAGUUGGGAUUCUGCAGCUGACAUACAUCUCCAAGGUGAGCGAGGCCACGGGGAAACAGAAGUCCAAGACUGAGUUCUGCUUUGUGAUCAAUGCAGUGUCUCGGCGUUAUUUCCUCCAUGCCAACGAUGCUGCUGACCUGAAAGACUGGGUCCUCGCUCUGAACAAAGCUACCAAGAUCACUGUCCCUAAAGCAGGGCCUCUCCAGCCCAGAUCAGAGGUUUCUACAGUAACCGGUGAGGCAGUGGGUAAGAGGCUGGCCUACAAGACUGAGAUCAUCGGGGGAGUGGUGGUGCACACACCCAUCUACCAGAAUGAGGGUGGGGAAAUGGAGGUAGGGGACAGGAGGGUCUCCUCUGUAGGCAGUAGACCAGGUGUACUGAGGUGUGGCUAUUGUGUCAAACAGGGUAACGUGAGGAAAAGCUGGAAGAGACGUUUCUUCACACUGGACCACAACGCUGUCAGUUACUACAAGUGUGAGAUGGAUAAGGAGCCCCUGAGAACUGUUUCUCUGAGAGACAUUCAGAAGGUCCAUGAGUGUCUGGUGAAAUCUGGGGACCUGCUGAUGAGAGAUAAUCUGUUUGAAAUCAUCACCAGCUCCAGGGUCUUCUACGUCCAGACAGACACUCCAGAGGACAUGCAGGGCUGGAUCAGAGACAUUGAGUUGAAGAUACAGGACUUCAGAGGCCCUGCCAAGGGUUCUGCAUUUACGUAUCGCCAUGGUAACUCCUCCCACCCACCCUCUGUGUUCCGUGGUCGCCAGGGAGAUGACAGGAGACCCCCACUAGUGAAGUCGUGUUCCGUAGCCCCGGGGUGGCAGCCCUGGACCCCCGUACCCCAAAGAGAGGCUCCCGCUCUGGGCACACUGGACAAGGACAGUCACUUUAGCAAUCUGCCCUCCAGUCUUUCCUCUCGCUCCACCUCUUCCUCCACCUCCUCAUCUUCAUCCUCCCCCUCCACUCCCACUCUCAUCCCACAGGGGGUCCCAGCUCCAGCCCUAGCCAGUGGUGUGGGGGUCCCAGCCUGCCCUGGCCCCAUAGCUCCAGACCCCUCCAGCAGCCGGAGGAGACACCGCUCUCAGCCUCAGCCCCCCAAAGACCGCAGCUUCCCUUUCAGCCUGGACGAUGAUGGCAUCCGCACCACAGACGUCUAGAACCAACCACUUCUAGAAUCAACAAAACUCUGGAUCCAACAAUAUAUAGAACCACCAUCUAGAACCAAUGUGUAGACAGACAAACAAUGACACUUGUUUGAGUGCUUUCUACCGUUGAAAGACUGAACCUCCCUCCCCCACCCCCUUCUCCUCUGCUCUGAGGAGGUAGCUCUGGUGGGGGAGGGUAGUGAUGUAAACUGGGGUUCCUGGAUGCGUUCUCUCACUGAGGGGUGUGUCAGUAGUGGCUGUGGGCUUUUGGUAUAGAGGGUGACUCAGAGAGAGAGCAGUCUUGGGCAGACUGGGAGGGGUUAUCAGUAUUAGAGUGUCUGGUGGAAUGUGAAGGAUAUGUUAUUUUAUUGUACGAUUUCCUCUUUAAACUUGAAUGUAGUCCACCCAGGUACUGAGAUGAAGGAAGGUGAAUGCUGUGGUGGAGCCUGGUCUGUCUACCGAACACCCUCCACUAGUCUAAGUCAGCUGGUCUUUUGCUUGUAUUAACCAAGGCUACGUCCCAAUUGGCACCCACUAUGGGUCCUGGUCAAAAGUAGUACACUAUAUAAUGAAUAUGGUGCCACUGCCAAUUGGGACCAAACCCAAGGGUCCCGUUCAAUCAAUACCCUGGUCAUGGAACAUGUUGGUGUCUGUGGCUCUGCCUGUAGACAGUCCUGUUCUCUUGUUAGACUGCAUGCAAUUGCGUCAAAUCGCUACAUCAGCAGCACAUUUUGUACAUACGCUUUUAGCGUAUUUCUGCACGUUGUUCCACAAGCCUGGAUUCUCUUGCUCAAAUGCAAAUGAUCUACUAUGGUAUUGUGUCAUGUCACAUGUUGUGUUUUGCCUGCCUGCACCUCACCGACCCAGGUCCAUGUGUGCUUUUCUCUUCUCUUUAAACUUAACCUGUCAUGUUUCUGAUUCUUUACAUAGACACCUGUUAGAAAUCACAAACAUCAAUAUCUGCUGUGUGUGUGUGUGUGUGUGUGUGUGUGUGUGUGUGUGUGUGUGUGUGAGACACAUCGGUUCAAAUACUAUUUUAAUGUAUUUUAAUUAAUUUUCAAUGCAUUUGAAACAUGUAUUCAGAUAACCUUUAUUUGAAAAAAACAAGUAGUUGAAUAUUGGAAUGUAUUUGGACUUAUACUUGGAAAGUAUUUGAAAAUACUCAAAUACACUCCCAUACAUUUAACCCAGUUAUUUGAAAAUAGUAUUUGAAUAUACUUUUAAAAUACAAUUUGGUCAACUAUUUGUUUUUUGUUUUUACAAAUAACUCAAAUAAAAGUACCUGUUUUGGGCUGUGUAUUUGAAAACACUGAAAUACACAGGAAAAAAGUAUUUAAAUAACAAAUGCUCAAAUACACAUGUAUUUGAACCCAGAGUGUGUGUGUGUGUAUCUGUGUGUUGAGUUUAUCAUGGUUGACUGGCUGGUCAAACAUAUUAGAGAGGAUAAUGUUUGUUUUUAAGUUAAGGCAUCUUUGAUUUCUGUAUAUGCUCUUUUAUCAUUUUGCAGUACUGUAAUUCCGGAAAGAGAAAGGUUAAAUGCUAAUGUCUGCUAUUUCUAAUGCAAUUUUUUUUCUCUGAUUUAAUUCCUGUGGUACAGUAUUUCAGAUGUAAUGGACUGCCUUCUACCUCGUACCUGGUGUCCACUCACCUACCUGAUCAUAAUGGUGUUGUUUUUUUUUUUUACUUAUAAGCAAGUGCAUUAAAUAAUAAGACAAAAGCUUUUUA